UUGGCGAAGAAAUUCUUUCGUUUUGGUCGAAUUUGUACUUGUUUAUCUUGAAAAUUUGGGAAGAUUGAUGAUCAUUAUUUAAUCGAAGGUCAACAUAUCGGUCAUCAUGAAUGACCCAAGGAAAAAGAGGACCAGUUCGUCGAAUAAAAAUCGCUCUGGAGGCUGGGAUAACCCGUCUUCCCAAAAUCAUCCAGCAAAUUCUCGGUCUGGUUGGCCAAGAAAUUCCAAUCAAUCCAAGGCAAUGAAGCCAAAUUAUCAGAGAACCACCAGUCACGAUCGAGUGCGUAAGAUAGUUCAGGAGGAGGGACGAGCAGCCAGGAACCUGAUAGCUUAUAACGUCCCAGUAGAAGAUGAAGAAAACUUGCAGUUUGCCUUUGAGCAGGGUGCUCAACGAUUCAAAAGCCAGUACUUGAGGAAGUCUGGUGGAAAAGCCCUGUCGUUAGACCGAGCCACCCAGAGAACAUCUGCACGCGGCUCCAUGAAGCUCAGGGAAUCAUCCUCUCCUGUCAAGAGACAGUUCAGCGAGAUCGAAAGGAACACGCCCAGACGAUCAAGCACCGGAACCAGCUCUAAGAAGCCCGAUCUCCGCGCCAGAUAUUGGGCGUUUUUGUUCGAUAAUCUUCAGAGGGCGGUAGACGAGAUUUAUAAGACUUGUGAGGCUGAUGAGAGUGAGGUGGAAUGUAAGGAGGUAAUAAUGAUGCUUGAACAAUGCACAAAAGACUUCAAAUCGUUGAUUGAAAGACUGAAAGUCAUAAAAGCGUUUGAGACCGCUGACGAUGAUAACAAGCCAACUUCCCUCGCCUGGGAAGUGAGGAAGACUUCCCCUGGUAAGAUGAUGCCACCCCCGUCAAUGGAUAGGAAGGCGAUAGUCGGCACGGCACAGCGAGUUCUUCACUUUGGUACGACUCCCCAACAGACACCAGCAUCUACAAACUUGGUAAAAGAUGCUGGCACCCAGAUCAAACCCAGUGCACCAUCACUGGCCCCUCUCAUCACCUCUCCGCCUGGUAACAGCUGGGCCGAUAAAGUCAAAGGCAUCAAGUCGCCGCCGCCAGUCGCCGCACCACAGGCGGUGGUCCAUUCGAAAUGCGUCACUGUGGAAGAAUUAGAGGAAAAGAUGCUAGAGGAAGAGGUCAAGGAACCAAAGAAAACCGUAUCUGAACCAAAGAUGGCGUUGUCCAGUAGUGACGAAGAUACGGAUGGGUGGGAAACGGUCCACAGAAGUAACAAGAAUAAGAACAGAAACUCUCCCGCGCAGAAAACUAGUUCAAUAAAGUUCAAAUCAUGCGAAAAUCUUAGUAAAACUGGCACGGCGCGGCAACAGUCCGUACCAUGUCCUAAACCAAAUGGCCGACCGGGUCUGCAACAUAAAAGUACUUCAGAAUCAAACUUGGCUAUAAAAUUGGCAAGGAAUUCACCCCCUGUUGAAUCUAAUCAAACGAAAAGGUUUUCUAAUCGGUCUCCGGUUCAGGGUGGCAGGCCAAGGACUAUUAGUAGAGAUAGCGAAAAGGAAAAUAAACCACGUGAGGAUGCCACUCGAACUGUGUCUGUUGAAGUAGUCGCACAAUCGGCACCGAUUGUGAAUAAUAUUAAAAAAGACAUUGUGAGUAAUGGCAUUAAUAGUAUGGAAGAGAAAAGAUCUGAUACACAUGAUGAAAAAGUUGAGAAAAAUACGAAAAGUGAUGCGCUAAAAAUUCUUCCAAAGGAUGCGGUUGUUAAAAUGGAUUAUCCUGCAGCUACGAAGCAGACUGUGAUACUUUCUGACGAGUUUGGAAUUCAGAUGAACGAGGCUUUGAAGUCAAGAGGAACGCGCAGUCUCGAAUUGGAUACGGAUGGGGAAGAUAAUGACGACGAUGAUGACGAAGAUAACGCUAUUCCUACUGAACUUGAUGAGUUAUUCAAGUCGGUAAUGAAUGCAGAACACCUAUUGAAUGAUGAGCUACAUGUAGAGGAAGAGCAGGAGAGAGCAUUGCAGUCGGCCAUGCAUGAGGAGGAAACCUAUCUUAAGGCAAUCGAACGAGAGGAGAAAGAAGAGAUCAUUGUGGAAACAGAGACAGAGACUGAGACUGAGAGUGAACUAGGGAAUACGAUGAGUUCUGUGGAUUUCAAAAAGAAGAAUGUCCAGCUGGAUUGGGAUUCUAUGCUUGCUCAAUAUGAUGCCGAAGCUGAACAACGUGAGAGUUUAAACUGGGGUGAAAUGGUCGAGAUCGAGGAAGGCUCAGAGAGGACUCCUGGUCACAGCGUCCACAUGCAUGAAAAAUUAUCAUCGCCGUCAAGGAAAAGAUCGCCUGGAGAAUCCAGAAAACGACAUGAAGAAAAGCAGCAGAAAGCUCAAGAGCUCAGGGAGAGAUUGUUACAAGAGAAGGCUGAGAGGCUGAGGGAGCUAUCCAAGAAGGUUGAGCAAGUGCAGUCUUGGAAAGAAGAGCUGUAUCGUCAGAGGCGCGUGAUGAUCCAGCAGAAGAUGCAGCAUGCGGAGGAGAAGAGGACGCUGCAGAUCAGGCAGAAGGUGAAGAAAGCUCACGAGGAGGAGACCAAGGCGAAUGAGAUAGCGUUCAUCAACACGCUAGAAGCCCAGAACAAACGCCAUGACAUCAUGUCCAAGCAUGAGGAUGUGGAGGCGAGGCUGCAGGAGAUUCAAGAGGAACGCCAGAGGAAGCAUGAGGAGAAAGCAGCCAAAGAGGCAGCAGUGGAGGAAAGAAGGAAGGCCAUAGAAGCCGAGAGGAUAGCACGUCUGAUUGAAAUGCAAGAGCGCCGCAAGCAGCGCGAAGUCGAAAUUGAGCAGAAGCAGGCUGAGAAGGAGAAAGAGCGAUUGGAGACGGCCAGGAUGAAGGAAAAGGAUCGGGAGGAGAGGAUGGCCGCAUUGAAUGCCCAGCAGCAGGCCCAUAUUGAAGAGUUGAAAGUCAAGAUUCAGCAGAAGCAAGACGAAUCGACGCGUCGCCACAACGAGAAACUUGGACAAAUUCGAGAGAAGGCGUUUGAGAUGAGCGUAUUGAGGCACUCCACUGAAGACCACAACGACGCCCCGAAACUCACUCCAUAUGACAAGAAGAAGUUGUGCAGUCUUUGCAACGUGCUGCUACCCUCUGAAGUUCAUCUGUUGAGUCACUUGAGAGGCAAGAAACAUCAACAGUCUCUAUUGGCCAAGAACCAUGGCAAGGAACUAUCAAGAGAAGUCAUUGAAACGUUUAACCUGCGUCAUAUCACGGAUGCCCCAAGCGAUCGGCCUGAUCCCCGCGCUGCCUUGGAUAAAGAACGACAAAAAGCUCUGAAGAAACGCUGUAAGAAGCUUAGGCAACGUAUGACAGUCAGGGGCAUUGAGUAUGAGAAUGCACUCGCUGGGAAGCAGCCGGCAAAUGAAUCGGAGCACAAAGCAAAGAUGCAGAAGAUUAUAAAAGAUGUCAACAAAUAUCUCCAAACGCAGGGUAGUGGUCCAUGGCCCCAGAACCGCCUGUCAGCCCUGGACCGUGCUACUGGAGAGUUGCUGAGAAUAUUAGAAAAGAAGGCCAUUUCCGAUCAAAUUGCUUUUCGCUAUAGCGGAGGAGUGACUAGUCUGUGUAGGAUAUUACUCUUGAUUGAUCAGUCAACAGCAAAUGUACCACCCGUGAUACCCUCAAAAUCUCUAGCCCUCUGUCUCAAUGUCCUGAAAGCAGCAACGAAAGGAUGCUACGAGAACUGCCAUUAUAUGCUCUUUAGCAAUAAGAUCGGAUCAUUGGUCGACCUACUUAUACAUAGACUUGUGAUCCUCCUUCCAGAUGGCUCAUCGUUAUCCAACAGCAUGAACAGCAUCAGCAGCAGCCAGAUGAACAAACUGCCAAACGACCCGGUGGCGACCGGCCUCAUGCAGCUCCUGGCCGCUGUGCUAGCAUGCCUCGCCAAGAACAACCCAUCGAUCAACUCGAGUGAGGCGUCUGCUGAGAGGAUGAGCGGGUCUGGCGACGCCCUGAAUAAUCGGGCAAAUGAUAUAAUAAGUUAUGUAAUAAGUGUGGGUAUCGUCGACCGUCUCCACCAGUACUUCAUCAACGUACACGAACCUAUUGACGAUGAUCCCGAGGCGUCAGAGUUUCUACAGCACAGUAUUGGCCUCCUCAUUGCCAUGAUCAGAUUCAUGUCGCUUUCAUCAAAAAGAAAUCAAAAUAUAUUCGACAAGAAGAACUCAGAAGAUCCUUCCCAUCUGAUACAGACCUUUAGCGUCACAGAACUCUUUGGCAUCGUUUCGCUUCUGUACGGCAUGCUCCUCCACAGUGGCGCCCCCGUCAGGCGGGACGCGUCACCGCCUGAACUCCCCGGUCACACGGUCUCGUUGACGUGUACCGCCAUACGGAUGCUCAAUCAGAUGGCGAUACUUGACUUAAAGACGUUUCAGAGUGCGUUGGGUGAAGAAGGGACGUGGUUAGAGUUUCGCCAUAUUUGCAGUUACCUUCUCUGGUACUGCUCUCACUGGAGCAACGAGGAUUUACUCCACGAAGUCAUCCUGUCCGUUGGAUAUUUUGCCGUACUAAGCACAGAUAAUCAGCAAUUUAUCCAGUCGGGCCAGCCGCCAACAGUCCUGCAACAACUGUGUUCACUGCCAUUCCAAUACUUCAGCGAUCCAAGGCUGACCAACGUUUUGUUUCCGACCCUAGUGAGUUGCUGUUACAACAAUCAAGCCAAUCGCGAGAUUCUCGAGAAGGAACUGAGCUGUGCGCUCCUCUCCAAUUUCAUGGAGGAGAAGAAAUUGGAAGCUCAGCAAGCAAAGUUACAAAACUCAAAAAAGACUGCCAAACUGCAAGAUAAGGACAAGGCCAAAGAAGUUGAACCGAAGAUGGCCCUUCCAAGUCGAUUCCCAGUUGAAUCUUGGGAUGAUGCACAAGAAUACUUCAAAGCAACAUAGAUUAUACAAUAUGACCUGCGCCUGCCCAUUUAUAGGUCAAAGACGGGUAUUGAGUGUUCGACAUGGGCUGAUGAACAAAAUUAGCUCUAAGAUGAUAUACAUGAGUUGUCAGUUGUGAACGCAUCAAUUGAUCAGGAUUCCCCAUGGGGAUUUGACAUGAAUGAUAUAUUUGUGUGGUCUGAUUUGUCAUUAAGACGUCAGUUGCUCUUGAAUCCAGUAAAUGCUUACAUUUGCAGAUGAAGAAAAGAAACUAUGACAGUUCAUAUACAUGUACAGUCCGUACAGAAUUUGUACAUUUCAUUCAGAAUUACAUGUAGUACAGGUCAAACAAAAUAGUACAAAUCAUAAGAAAAUUGUACAUUUCAUUCAUAAUUUGUACAGGUCAUACAAAAUUAGUACAGUUCAUACAGAAUUAGUACAUCUUUUAUGUUUGCUUGAAUACAUGAACAUAUGUGACCCGCUCUACCAAAACUAGGCGCUUGUCGCAUCUGAACUUGACUGGUUGAU